CGGGGACAAAACUUCCUUCUGCCCUUCAGAAAGAAAACCCGAGAGAGAAUAAAAGAUCGCUUUUUUGUUCCAGCUCGCUCGCUUGCUCCGAGGAAGAGAGGAAUUGGUCGUUUCGCCUGGAAUUUCUCCUCGAUUCGGCUGGUAGUUCGUCGGUUUUAUGCUACCAUAAAUCUUUAACUUGGUUAGAAAUGUCUGAACCAGAGCUGGCGUCUGAACUUAAGGCAAAUAUAAUGCUAAAUGGGUCUGGUCUGCCUCUGCCUAAGGACACUGGCUGGGAGGCUGCUUCUGAAAAGAAGGAUGAGGGAGAAAAUACUCUGAAAACAGUUGAAGUUGAAAGGAAAGAAGAAAAGAAAGAUGAUGCAAAAAUGGAAGAAAUGGAGGAUGAAAAAGUGGUAGAAGCUGAGGAUGCAAAAAUUACAGAGCCCGAUGAUGCAAAAGAAACAAAAGCCAAGGAUGUGAAAGUGGCAGAAGCUGAGGAUGCAAAAAGGGUAGAAGCUGAGGAUGGCAAAGUAGCAGAGGUUGAACGUGCAAAAAUUGUAGAAUUUAUGGACGCAAAGGUGGAAGAACCUGAAGAUGUGACGAUGAUGGAUGCUGAGGCUCAGAAGGAUGGUGACAAGGGGGAGGAAGAGGGAGAGAAAGAAGUAGAAGGGGAGAAGAUAGAGGAAGGGAAUGAUGUGAAGGAUGAGAAAGAUGGUGUAAAUCAGGAAAAUAAGGUUCAAGAGAAUAAUGAGGCAAACGAAUCAAAGAGAAAACGAGUGAGGGAGAAGAAAGCUGGCGAGAAAGGGGAUGAGAAGGGAAAGAAAGAGAGUAGGUCGAAGGACAAGAAAUUGUUAAGUACUCCUUUGGCUUCAUCUACAGAGCGCCCUGUGCGUGAGAGAAAAACUGUCGAGAGAUUGGUGGAAUCUCUUGAAAAGGAACCAGUUAAAAAAUUUCUAAUUGAGAAGGGUUGUGGAACUCCUCUAAAAGAAAUACCAAGUGUGGCUUACAAGUUAGCAAAAAAGAAGCCUGCUGAUCUUAAAUAUCUUCAUCAGACCCUUUUUGGUGGAAGGCAAGGAAAGGUAGCCGAUUUCAAAAAUCACAUCCUCCAAUUUUCUGGAUUCAUGUGGCAUGGGGAUGAGGAAAAGCAGAAAACUAAGGUGAAGGACAAGCUUGAUAAAUGUGUCAAAGAUACAUUGGUGGAUCUCUGCGAUUUGUUUGAUUUACCUGUUUCAAAAACUAAUACAAGGAAGGAGGAACUAGUGGCAAAACUAAUGGACUUUAUGGUGGCGCCUCAUGCUACCACAGAUAAUGUACUUGCUGAAAAGGAGCAGCAAUCAACAAAGUUGAGAAAGCGUAAGAGUGUGGCUAGAGGAAUUGCGUCAAGGAGCUCAGAAGGCAUUCCUGGGAAGCGGCCAAGGAGGGGAAUAUCCAAGACUGAAGACUCUCCGAAAUCAAAAGGGAAAAGUGUGCGUGAAAAGGAAGAGGAAGAAGAACAGGAAGAUGAGGAAAAUGGUGUUCCUAAGGACAAUGUUGCACUUAAGCAUUCCGAGAGUGAAGAAAUUGAAUCUGAAGAAGUUGAAGAUGAUGAUGAUGAUGAUUACUCUGGCAAAAGCAAACAUAAUCGGAGGAAAUCUUCUAAAAGAGGUGGCUCUGCUGGUACAAAGAAGUCGAAGGUGGUAACUAGCCACAAAAAAGGCCCUCUUCCAACACCCACAAAGAGCCCUACUAAAUCAUCUUUGAAACACUCAAAAACUGAGGACACCAAUGAUGUGGGUGCAAAGGUCCUUCCAAGGAAGAAGAAAAAUGUUGAUGUGCCUGAGAAGAAAUCAACUCCUAAAUCAGAUCACAAGGAGAAAGCUACCGGCAAAAAGGUGGCUAAAGGUAGGGCUAAAUCAGUUGCCAAGGAAUCUUCACCUAGCAAGGAGGAAUUGAGGAAGACUAUCUGUGAUAUUUUGAAGGAAGCUGAUUUUAAUACGGCCACCUUUACUGAUAUUCUUAAAGAACUUGCUAAACAUUAUAGCAUGGAUCUGACACCAAGAAAAAAAUCUAUAAAGCUAAUGAUCCAAGAAGAGCUGACCAAGCUAGCUGAUGAGGCUGAAGAGAAUGAAGACGUUGAAGAAGAUGGAGCAGCCGAUGAGGAUGGAAAACCAGAAACUGUGAGCGAAGAUGUUGAAGCUUGAUUGCGACAAGAAGGGUGCGUGUAAAUGGUAUUUAACUCAUCCUUGUUCCUUAAAUUAGUCUUCUGGUAAUCCAUGUCUGUGCAUUCCAGUGUAGAAUUUUGCAGUGUUUGUCAUGCUGGUGGCCUUACAAUUUUUCUUGCAUCUUGUAUAUUUAUGACAGACUCUAGGAUUUUGCCUAGCUUAACCUGUGUAAGAAAUAUGGUGAGAUACCUGGUGUUUCUAAUGUAGCUUUGUUAACAUAAUUGCAAAUACAAACAUAUGAAGCUUGCAUCA